AUAUUCAAGCGUGUGUAUGACGAGGAUAUAUUUUCCAUCAAAACAAGUCGACAUUUUACAGCUGGUUCCCGAAAAUAUCACAUAUUUGUCCUCAAAAUGCUGACUUCACAAUGAUGACACCGUGUGAAAACUUGUUGUAGCGAUAUCUUUUGCAAAACUGAAAUUGUCUACGGAGGAUUUCAAUUUCAAAUAAGAAAGAUGGCAGAAGAACUCCCAAGAAAUCGCUCACAAUCCGAACAAAAAGAGGAACUCGAAUCGUCUGUUACCGUCAUAGAAAAGCAAGCACAAAGACGUAUAUUUAAGAUUAUAGUAAUCGGCGAUUCAAACGUUGGGAAAACUUGUCUGACAUACAGAUUUUGUAGUGGGAAAUUUCCUGACAAAACGGAAGCAACCAUUGGUGUCGAUUUUCGAGAAAGAACUAUUGAAAUCGACAAAGAACAAGUCAAGCUACAACUGUGGGACACAGCGGGCCAAGAGAGGUUCCGAAAGUCAAUGGUCCAGCAUUACUACAGGAAUGUACAUGCAGUUGUGUUUGUCUACGAUGUCACAAAGAUGAGCUCCUUUGAUAGCAUGCCUAGUUGGAUCGAGGAAUGUGACAGACACAACUUGAACAAAGACAUACCCAGGCUUCUUGUUGGAAACAAGUGUGACAUGAAACUGCGCAUUGCUGUAAACACAAACCUGGCCCAGAAGUUUGCUGACUCCCACAGCAUGCCACUAUUUGAAACAUCAGCCAAAGAUGACGAGCGUGCCAACCAUGUGGAUGCUAUUUUCAUGACGCUCGCUCAUAAGCUUAAGAGCAGUAAACCUUUAAUGUCUCCAUACAUCAGUGGUGAGCAUUCAGGCCUACCAAGUAAUGUUCAAGUUAUCUCCCUGGCAAAGAGUUCCCAGGGAAAGGGACUGCAAUCGAUGGGCGUAGAAAACGAGAAAAGGGAUUCUUGUGCUUGUUAAAUGAUCUCUUAUAUAAGGGUGAUUGCUUAUCUUACAUCUGUUUUUCUAAAAGCUUUUCAUCAGAUAAACUUAAACAGAAAAUAAUAUUAUUAGAUAUAACUUACAUUAAUUUUCGUUUAAUAGGUUUUUGUCUCUCAUUGUAAUUAAAUUCACCAGUACUUAAACUGU